AUGGCACAGGCCCUGGGAGGUGAAAACCUUCAGGCAGAAUCCGAAAAUGGAAGGAGUGAUGCAGUGAAGGGGCAGGCAUGGGCCGGGGGUCGCUGGCCGCCCGCCAGGCUCCGGCUGCUGCCAGUCUUGCCGCUGCCGCAGGUGGCGCUGGGCUUCGCGGACGGCAGCUGCGACCCGUCCCCGCAGGUGCCUGCCCAGGCCCGCUGGAGCAGCCUGUGGCACGUGGGGCUCAUCCUGCUGGCGGUCCUCUGUUGCUGCUGUGCGGGAGUCACAGCCGGCUGUGUGCGGUUCUGCUGCCUCCGGAAGCAGGCUCAGGCUCAGCUCUGCCCACCAGCACGGCAGCCCUGCGACCUGGCCCGGUCACCUGUGGACAGCGGCAGCCCACUCUGUACACAGCACUCCUACAGCUCAGUGCACAGUACCACUGGGCAUACAGUUACCGUACCCUUUGGGAGCCAGACCCCGGACUCCAUGACUCCUCCCUACAGUCUGUGCGCCCCGAGCCUCCCACCCUCCUACGAUGAAGCUGUCAAGAUGGCCAAGCCCAGAGAGGAAGGGCCAGCACUCUCCCAGAAACCCAGUCCUCUCAUGGGGCCUCAGGCCACAGAACCACUCAAUGCCCAGGAGUCGGGCCCCAAUGCCCAACUACCACCUUACAGCCCUGGUGCCCCUUGAAGGAGGUAGGACAAUGGACCAGAGAUUCGAGAACUAGCGCUUGGAGCCAAGGGCCCCCAGCCCACCCCACCAUCCCACACAUUGCUGUGGCCCCAGCCUUGGUGUCAUUUUACACCAGCCCCAUGGCGUCACCCCCUAGGCAGGCUGCUGCUUUCAGCCUCAGCCCCUGGCCCAGUCCCAGCAGGCCCUCAGCC